AUGCUCGUCAUCGACGGCCUGUCGUCCAAUCUCAACGCAGCCGACUUUUAUCGGAUUGCGCCCAACGACUUGUCUAAUUGGCAGAGCGUGAUCAAGAAAGUCCAAAUGCAACGCACUCCAGAUUCCUUCGAACCACUUGGCCGUUACCUACUCACCUUUGGCUCGGCACAGGCUGCCGCAUCGUACCGUGAUAGGCUCGUCCGGCUGCAUAAACUCAACGGCUUCAAGCUGCGGUCUGCAAGUGGCCUUUGGGAAAGCAGCGUCCCGGCGGCUCUCAAAGUGUCUCUUACUUCUCCUUCAGCAGCAGCAGCAGCAUCAUCAUCAUCAUCAACAACAGCAGCAGUUACUGAAACCAUCAGUGAUGCAAUCGUUUCUUCUUCUGACUUGCCCAGCAGCACAGAGAGCGUAGUCGACUUGGCAAACUCGUUUACCAUUGCCCCUGGUUCUCUGGAAACUCUUCCGGUUCAGCGCAGAAAAGUUACCCUUGCGCGGCCGUGGGCGAAGCGUUUAGCCGGCAUGGUCGAGAACCUCGGAUUCGGCGAAGUGCCGCACGUGUUGAUGCUGGAGGUCUACCCGCCUACUCUGAGCGCUGGGGAGCUGCAUCAAUUCAUUCGUCAAGAUGGAGAAAGCAGAGGACUAAGGUGGCCAAUAUCGGCGCCUCAGCCUCUCAAGAUGAACAGUCCGGAGCAAGCUCCAACAAGAACAAGAGGCACAAGUAAAAGGGAUGUUGAUGAAGAUGAGGAGGGCGAGGACCAUGAAACAGCAUCCAACAAGCAGCCGAGCCCAUCAUUUAAGCUCAACGAUCGCGAUACAGAGGAAAAGCUCAAGGGCCGGUUCGUGCUGGCAUGCACCGAUGGGGCAGAGGCGAGGCGCUUUCAACAGAGCUGGAACAACAGAGCGCUGAGGACGCUGCGGCCGCAACCAGCCAGAUAUAUAGUUUAUGCAUCAAUAAUAAACUGGUAG